UUGAUUUCUAAAUAUCCUUUAAUAGAGUAUCUUCGGAGCAUAUCCUUACCUGUUCCUGUUCUGGUGGAAGAUACAAGUAGUAGCAGUGAAUAUGGCUCUGUCUCACCUGAUACAGAGUUAAAAAUUGAUCCAUUCUCUUUCAAAACAAGAGCAAAAUCCUGUGGAGAAAAAGAUGGGAAGGGAAUCCGGUCCCUUUUUCUGAGCAUCCCAGAUGAAAAUUUUGAGGAUCACAGUGCACCUCCUUCACCUGAAGAGAAAGAUUCUGGAUUUUUCAUGCUGAAGAAGGAUAGUGAGAGGAGAGCUACCCUUCACAGAAUAUUGACUGAGGACCAAGAGAAGGUGGUGAGGAACUUGAUGGAGGCUUUGGCUCAGGGAGCCGAAGAGCCCAAGCUAAAAUGGGAACAUAUUACAACGCUUGUUUCCAGCCUCAGAGAGUUUGUACGGUCCACUGAUCGUAAAAUCAUUGCAACCACUCUUUCAAAACUGAAACUGGAGUUAGACUUUGACAGCCACGGUAUCAGUCAAGUGCAGCUUGUGCUGUUUGGUUUUCAAGAUGCUGUCAAUAAAGUUCUCCGAAAUCAUAACAUCAAGCCACACUGGAUGUUUGCAUUGGACAACAUAAUUAGAAAAGCUGUGCAGACAGCUAUUACUAUUCUGGUCCCAGAAUUGAGGCCACAUUUUAGUCUUGCAUCUGAAAGUGAUGCAGCAGAUCAAGAUGAUAUAGAAGUUGAAGAAGAUCAAGAUGAGCAGCCUCAGAAUCAAACUAUCCAACAGCCUUGCAUUGUCAUGGAAGAUGCAGUAGCUACCUCAGGUGUGAGCACACUCAGCUCUACAGUAUCCCAUGACUCACAGGCUGCUCAGAGAACACUGAGUGUCCAGCUGGGCAGGCUAAAAUUAGAGACUAAUAGGUAAGUCUGGGCAUCAGGACACACAACCUUCUUUUGACUAUAUGUCGGUUUGUGUUUUUAAUUAUACGUACUAGAAUAGUACUGACAGUAUCAAAAUUCUAUAGUAAUGCAACUUAUCCUUUAAGUGAUAGUCAUUGUAUAGUUGUGACUGAUCACAUGUAUUAGUUUUAUUCGUUUCAGUACAAUAACGACAAGUUAAGGUUGGUCUUGUUUUCAGGCGCCCUUUCAAGGAAGAUCUGAAAAUGUUUAUCUUGCUGCCAAGUUUCUGCUUUUUCUCUCCUUCAUAUGCUGUAUAUAGCUGAUGAAUGGUGGUAUGUUUUGUUUCCAUUAAGGCAGAACACACUGUUCUUUUUGGUAGUUAUUCCUGAGGAACAAACAAAAGCGAGUCGACAGCCACACGUGAACUGGCAAAGGAAACUUCUAGAAUUGUUUUGUGUGCAGAAUUCACUGCAGCAGGAUUUGUGUUUACAAGCAAGCAUUACACCUUUAUUUUAUUUUAAAAAUGCUAUGGAUCAGAGAUGGAAAAAUGUGUGCAUUUUUUAAAUAAGAGGUGAUCCAGAAACUUGUAUUUAGGAUUUUUUUUUCAGAACAUAUAUGUGUUCUACUUUUACUAAGAUAUUAUUUUCUUAACUAAAAACACAGAUCUCUGACUCCCAUUGUUUUAUCCAAACAAUUUUUCUAUAUAAUCUAUUUUUCCUUUCAUUAAUAUGUACCAAAUAGUCUGUUUGGAGCAGCUAUUUUAGCUUUAUAUGACACUGGAUUUCCCACUUACCUCAGUAAAUUUUUUUAUGUGACCUUCACAGAAGAAGAAUGUAUCUACAGUACAGUUGUUAUGCUGCCAGAAUAUUCUAUAUAGCAGUUGACCCAAAUUAAAUUUAAACGUUAAACUGCUCUUUACUUGUGUUUCCAGGAACUUUGCCAUAAUUAGAGUAAUUCAUUAUACUGUACUAUUUUUGAUUAUUUGAGUAAGAACUCUUCAGUUCUCAUUUUACAAUUCACUAUUUAUAUUUGUGGUGAGCACUGAGGAAUAUUUUGAUUUACCUUAUUGAUAUACUUAACAGCAACAACACAAACGUGAUGUAGAUUGUUUCACUUGUCUUCUCAAGUUUUAUGCUCAGGAAUAGCAUCCUAUUGGCCAAAUAAUCACAUCCUGUCAUGCACUCAAAUUUUGAGGUAAAUAAUAUGGACUGUUGUUUAAUUAAGGAAUUAAUUAAAGCUUUAUUGGCAUUUGCAGCAAGUAGCUACCGAGAGAAAAUGGUUUAUUGGCCCCAAAGGCCCUUUUUUCAACCAGAAUGGGUAGAGGAGGAAUACAUUAACUGAAAGCUUCAGUUAAAGCCUCAGGCUGCAUGACUCUGUGCAGAAUACUAAUCUGCAUCAAGAGUAACCAAGGUGUGGGUGUGUGUAGGGAGACAAAGCAGUGCUGAUAGCAUGGGAGGUGGACUUUUCGAGAACUGUCAGCUCUAGGGUGGAAGUACUCAAAUGCAGCUGUGCUGUUGGUAAGCCAACAUGUUCUAUGCAUCCCUAAAAGUAGCAAUCCUGUAAGAAGCAGUUCAUUUCUGUGCAAAGACACAGUACUUCUGUUGCACGUCCACCAGCUGAAUUCCACAAUGCCCUUAUCUUUCGGCAUCCCAGAAGAAAAGUUGCAGUGCCUAACUAACAUUAAAAAACAAAACAAAACAAAGGCUGCACUAAAAUGGAACAGAUAAUGUGUAGCUCUCAGGCUGACAAAGACUUCAAGAACGGAUGAAGAGGCUGUGAUUCUUUCGAAGUAGAACUUCCUAAGACUGGAGAGUCGCCAAUAGGUUUAUGAGCUAUAAUGUGAGCAUAUGUUCUCAAUCUCCAAUUUCUUUAGCCAGGUUUCUGAGUAUGUUUGAUUCACAAUUCCUCCUUUUUACAAAAAUAAAUACAGAAAUAAAAUAUAAAACAGGAAGUUACAGCAGCGAGUUUCACAUGCACAUUUUCUAUGGUAUUCUGACUCUUUACCCUUGACCAAUUUGAAUGGUCACGAAACUUCUAAAGGGUUCCCUCUGGCGUUGUAUUAUGAGGGAUUCAGACAUAGGUUCCGGUUUGUUUCUGCUUGUUGUUCUCAAAAGUAAUUGCUUAGGAGAGUACCAAAGCUAUUUUGCCUUUUCUGAUAUUCAUAUAGCAUGGGAGGGCAGGUAUAAACCCUCUACUAUGUGAGGAGAAACCUGGUGUGGAUUACAGCACAUCUUCCCCAUUUAAGAAACAGACCAUAAACUGUCAUCACUUUUUCAACAUUGCUCCGUCCCUGCCUUGCUUUUGAAAAUAUCUGCUGGGAGGAUGUGAAUCGGCACUUUGCCAUACACAGGAUAAAGUGACAAAGUUCAGCACUUGGUUUAUGAAAUGGUUCAAUAAUUGAGAAGAAAAAAUCCACAGUUUUGUUUAUAACAGAACGCUGGCUGUAUAAAUUUCACUGAAACUGUGUCAUACUACCUGUUCUGUUCUGUUCAGCACGUGUAUGUGUCUAUGAAGGCAGAGCAUUUGCUUUGUUUUGUUGCUUAAUAGCUGUAGCUUUAGGAACCAGAAGAGUAGAUGCUUCUAUCUUCACGUGAGUCAUAAAAGUUUAUAGUGAUAGGAUAUUCCUAGGGCAAGAGAAGAAAUCUGUCCAUACCUCUGUGAAUAAAGUUUCCAGUUUAAGUUUAGCAGGAUGUGUUUCCUUGAACAUUUGAAACCACUUUAAA